AUGCCGGUCAAUUGGAAUGACAAAGACGUUCUCGAGCGCCUCUUCAUCGCGGCUCUUGCCUCUCUUGAUAACAAGAUCAACAUUAACGAAGUUGCUCGCAUCUAUGGCGAGGAUAUGACCUAUCACGCCCUCGAGAAUCGCAUGCGUAGAUACAAGAAGGAAGCUACAAUGCUCAAAGAUGAAGCCGGGGACCGUGACGGCGCUGUGAAGAGUCCGAUGAAGACACGCACCAAGAAGAGCGACGCUGGUUCUCCCAAGGGCGCUGUCAAGACUGGGCGAAUCACCAAGAAGGCGACCACUGCUACAAAGAUUAAGUCUGAGCCGCUUGUUGUCGAAGAGCUGCUUCACGGUAUGGGCGAGGACGCGGUAGGAGACGAUGAGGCGGUCGACGAAACCGAUGAAUUUGUUUGA